AUGGAUCUUCUAACCUGUCCGAUAAUUUCGGUUGACGUUCGCGUUUGGCGCUUCCGUUCGUUCAUCCUGAGGCACAACGCCAUGCGGUACAUCUGCAUCAUCCCAGUAGGCUUGAUGAAUGUGUUCUUGUGUAUCAAUAUCUAUCAAACGUGGGGCAACCUCGUGGAGAUGAUUUUCGACACCUUCUACGAUGUGUUUUCUCCAAUUCGAUUGUACCUAAGUUGUGCUACUGUUCCAUUUUUGGGGAACGUUGCCUCCGUGUACGAGGAACUGCAGACAAUUGAUGAUCGUGUGGUGCAGAGUCUGAUCGCCAGUCUGACUCGAAAAGCCAGAAAAUUAUCCAUCGGAAAUCUAUCGGCGUCGAUCAUCGUCUGCACUUGCUACGUCGUUUAUCCGCUGUUAACCAGCAACCGUAGAUUGCCCCACAACAUGGACAUACCGGGGGUCAAUGUCCUGGAUUCGCCUCAGUAUGAAAUUUUAUACAUCAUCCAAGGGCUGUUGACGAUUCCCGCCUGCUGCAUGUACUUACCGUUUACCAACAUUUUCUCAUCGGUUACCUUGUUCGGGUUGAUUCAAAUCAAAACACUGCAACAUCAGUUGGCGACAUUCAAGGUUACGACGAGUGAGAGUUUGAAUACUACCGUUAAUAAGUUUAUCGAGGAUCAUUUGCGGAUCAUAACCUACGUGGAGGAUAUUAACGCAUUGGUAGCCAACAUAUGCUUUGUGGAGUUUGUACUGUUCGUCAUGCUACUUUGCGCUUCGCUAUUUUUUCUUAACAUAAUUAAGAGUCAAUUCCAGAUGGUGAUCAUUUUGGUGUAUAUUUUCAUGAUAGUUGUACAGGUUUUCGUAUUUUAUUGGCACGCCAAUGAGGUUCGCGAAGCCAGCAAGGAAAUUGCCAACGCCGCCUAUGAUGGACCGUGGUAUGAAGCUGAUCAAUCGAUUAAAAAAAAUCACAAGAAGCUACUGUUGAUUGCCCUACGGGCUCAGCGUCCGCUGGAGGUAACGCUGGGAAAUGUUUAUUCGAUGACGUUGGAAAUGUUUCAAACACUGCUGAAGGUAUCCUACACGUACUUUACUGUGCUGGGACAAAUUUCUGAUUAG